UCGUUGCCUCAUUUGUUCAACGAUCAUGAGCACCGCAAUCGAUGUGGACAUGAAAGAAGUCAAGAACGAACCCGUCGAGGGAAUGGCCGACGAAACCUUGCCUCUUGGCAUGUCGGCCUCAGAAUACAAGUUCUACAAAUUCGUCCAGCAGAGUAAACAGGGGGUGCAAUUCAGUGAUCAUCCACCGGAUAUGACCGUCGAACAAGCUUACUUGGCCAUGAACGCCUUGCUGAAAAAGAACGCCCUCGAUGUAGUGCAAAUCAAUAAUGAGAAUAUUAUACGCGCUAUUGAUUUGCGGGAUGCCGAAAAGGCGGGACGACUGAAUGACGAGCAACGUAUUGUAUACAAUGCUAUUCGUGCUGCUGGCAACGUCGGUAUUUGGACGAGGGAUCUGAAAAAGAAGACGAACCUUCAUACGAUUGUGCUGAAUCGAACCCUGAAAGUACUCGAACAAAAGCAAGAGAUCAAAGCCGUGAAACAUGUCAAAUACCCAACACGCAAAAUUUACAUGCUAUAUAAUUUGACGCCCUCCAGUGAAGUGACGGGUGGCGCUUGGUACACCGAUCAAGAACUUGAUACCGAUUUCAUCGACAGCCUAAAGGCCGCCUGUUUGAAAUACAUUUCUGCAAGGAGUUUCCCUCGUCAGGAGAAUAUGAAGGAUGCGGUUUUCGGACCUGAAUACGAACAUUAUCCGACGGCUUCCGAGGUUCGACGAUUCAUUACCGAGUCGCGUAUUUCGUCCAUUGAUCUUUCUGUGAAAGAUAUCACGAGCUUGCUGGAUGUGCUUGUGUACGAUGGCGCGGUCGAGAAAAGACUACCAUUCAUGGUUGGCAUGGAUGAUUUCAGUGACGAUGAAGAUGAAUUGAAUGAUGACUCGGUACAGUGGUCCUACAAAGCCGUCCGCAAGAGUCACAGUCGAUUGCCUACCGAAGCAUUAUCAGAAACACCCUGUGGCAAAUGUCCUGUCUUUACCUUUUGUGUAGAAGACGGACCUGUCUCCCCUUUCAACUGCGAAUAUUUCAAAACAUGGUUGGAUUGGUAAAUCUAUUCCCCUUUUCCAUCUCUUUUCUCAAUCUCUUCUUUUUUUUUCUCAUCUCAUACACAUAUUAUUUUGCCCCUUUACGGCAUCUACAACCACUUGUUUCACAUUAUAUUCUCUCUUG